UCAUCACAUUGUAGACGAUCGCUACGCAUCGCUGCCUUCCACAAAAAUUUUGGCUUCAGCACACCCAUAACACUGAUAGGCUCGGACCCCUCCGUGCCGGCCACCUAUCAGCUCCCUUUGGGGCUGAAGAAAAUACUUGUAUCGCCUGUGCCCAACACCGAGCAUUUCCGCGGAACAUCACUUCACGAUGGACUACAUCGACUACUCAUCCUUUCCGAUGCUGGCAAGCACCGACUGCUCGCCUACGACGGAGAACUUCUCCUAUCCCACGGCCUUCGAUAAGGCAUUCGUCGGAGACCCCUUCACAGGCAACGACGCCCCUCUGACCGCCUUCGACUACUUUGGCCGACCUGUAUCCUCCGCAACCGCUACGGAAAGCCUCAAUGCCACGUCAUCCGUAGCACCAACAGGGCCUCAGCUGGAGUCACCCCUCGCUCACCAUCCCUUCGGCCAGCUCGACGUCUUCUCCUCGGGCUUCCCUUGGGACACGAACCCGCUACCUCCAACUGCUCUCGACCUCAACCUUUCUCCCCUAUCCGACGACUCGCGGACCCCCUCCCUCUGCGGCGACGCACCGCAGCCCUCCGUGCUCGCCUCUCCACCACCCUCCCCCCAGCCUCAGUCCCACUCCCGCCGCCAAUCCACCUCAUCCUCCCUCCUCAAAUUCGAAGACCCCUCCGCCGCACCACCCAAACGCCGCCGCGGUCGUCCUCGCCUCGACCGCUCCUCCUCCAGCCUUUCCUCCACCAACAGCAAAAACCCACGCGCCCAGCGCCUCCCGCACAAUCAAGUCGAGCGCAAGUACCGCGAGGGUCUGAACGCGACCCUUGAGCGGCUGCGGCAGACGGUGCCUGCGCUGUGCGUGGAGGACAAGUUCGGGCUGGGCGGAGUUGUGGGCCACCCGAAGCCGAGCAAGGCGAUGAUCCUGGAGGGCGCGAUCGAGUAUAUUAGGGAGAUCGAGAGGGAAAGAGAUGCGUUCCGGGGCGAGGUCGAGAGGCUGAGGAGGGCGAGUGGCGCGUGGGACAGCGCGGCCCAAUGAGAUGAGGGGAUCGGGGGACCGCGGCGGGCGUGGAGGUGUAGAACCUCGACGCUCUACCUGCUGGUCGUUGUGCCCGCGAAUGAUGAUACCCUGUGCGAUUGGGGGAUGCGACACCGGCACAGAUGCUGGCUUUCCUCUGAUUGGCCGGCUGGCCGGAACUUUUUGCCGGGAUGGCAUGUGCGGCCCCCAUGGCAUUUGGAGCUGGGAUCAC